AUGAUGAAUAGUGGAUGUCGUAAACCACUAUUCGUUAAUAAAACAAAAACAGCAUUGGAGUUCCCCAAUCAAUCUACUCAUCCGGUACCACAUACCCCCACCUUUAAAAGAACAAAAAUUAAAAUUACCCACCUUAAUUCAUCAGAAACAGUAAAUUUGCAAGGAUCAUUUAAGUCAGACCGAACCUUCGCAUUUGACAGGCUCUCCGACUGGUGGGCUACAGUUGUAUUACACACAAUAGCAAGUGACAAAUGCGCCAUUUUACUUGUCAUCCAGUCCAGUAAAAUCCAGAUCAGAGAAACAAAUGAACUUUUACCACCAUUUUUAUCUACGGCCAAUAAAGUUCAAGAUCAAAGAUUCAUAACCUUAAGUCAUAUGAGCAAGAUGUGCUUCGAUCAAAAGUAUCGCACGUUGCAUUUACCAAUUGAUUUCAAUCAAACAAUUAUUCACUGA